ACCAAAGUGGAGGCUGAGACACAACUUGGAUUUAGUGGAGUAAAAAGUCGCAGACAGCCAGUCCCUCGGCGAUGCUUACCCGCUACCUCGCCAGAGAUUGAUCACCGGUCAGCAGGACUGAAAGAGCCGCCAGCCGAGCCGCAGAGCCGCGGAGAAAGCAAAGCAGCGUUCCCCCCUCUGUGAGCUCCAGGAAGAAGACGCAACAAUGUCAGAGAGAAGAAGUCAGAAGAAAUCCAUCUUUCUGUCCUCCUUAUUGGUGUGCUGUAUGUUUGCCAGUGCGGAGUACUCCAGCUGUGGAGAGUAUGAGUUCUUCAAUCAGACAAGCAACAGCUGCCAGGCCUGCCCUCAGUGCCAGGCAGGACAGGAGCCUCAUAUGACGUGUGGCUACGGUGUGAAGGAUGAGGACUUUGCCUGUGUGCCGUGCCCACAGGGGAAGUAUUCCAAAGGGAAGUAUGAGAUCUGCAGACGGCAUAAAGACUGUGACGCUCUCUACAAAGCCACUGUUCGAGUAGCGGGAACUCCAGACAGCGAUGCUGAAUGUGGACCCUGUUUACCAGGGUAUUACAUGUUGGAGAACAGACCCAGAAACCUCUAUGGGAUGGUUUGCCACUCCUGCCAGAACGCACCACGCAACACCAAAGAAUGCAUGUCAACCAGCGUGCAAAAGGAAAAAACUACAAUUGACCCUGGCAGCACUACUUUGUUCCCUCAUCUGUCAAAAGAUCCCACCGGACAAAGCCUAGCAACAGCUCUCAUUAUCGCCAUGUCAACCAUUUUCAUCAUGGCCAUCGCCAUCGUCCUCAUCAUCAUGUUUUACAUCCUGAAGGCCAAACCCAGUGGCCAGGCAUGUUGUUCCGGGCAAGUUGUGAAGACAGUGGAAGCUCAGACCAAUAAACAAGAAGACAAGAAAGAUGUCCCUGACAAUGUGGUGAUCUACUCAGAGAAAGAUGAGUUUGACAAACUGAAAGCUGCACCUCAGAAGACAGUAAAAAGUGAAAAUGAUGCAUCAUCUGAGAACGAGCAGCUGUUGAGUCGUAGCAUUGACAGCGACGAGGAAGCGGCGUCUGAGAAGCAAGGAUCAGCUGAAACCAACAACCCCAACCAGUGCCUCGUCAACCUGGGCAACAAGCCCGACCUCUGCCUGCUCUCUCUGGGCCUCCUGGAGCGGGAGCGAGCCUGCAACGGGGCCCCAACUCAUGUCACCGGACAGGCCAAUAACAUCCCGGGUCCAAACCACAUUGGAAAAGUCAACCACAUCGCCAGCACCAACCUAAUCAACAGUGUGAACGCACUGAACAACAACAAUAAAACACCGGGGAUGUUACAAAGUCGAAGGAAAAAGAUCCUGGAUCUGUACGGCAGGGCCUGCAAUGUGACAGAGGGCCUGAGCCCCACAGAGCUUCCUUUCGACUGUCUGGAGAAGGCCAGCCGCAUGCUUAGCUCGUCCUACAGCAGCGAGGCAGCCGUGGUGAAGACGUGGAGGCACCUGGCCGAGAGCUUCGGCCUAAAGCGCGACGAGAUCGGUGGCAUGAGCGACGGCCUGCAGCUCUUCGAGAGAGUGAGCACGGCAGGCUACAGCAUCCCCGACCUCCUGACCCGCCUGGUACAGAUCGAGAGGCUGGACGCGGUGGAGUCGCUCUGCUCGGACGUGCUGGGCAGCGGGGAGAUGGCGGCGGCUGCCGGACGCCAGGGCAACAGUACUUUUCACAGCCAGUUGGUCUGUACAUCCCCAUGCCCAUCUCCAUCCCAGCGCUGCGCCAGCAUCUAAAGAUUGUUGUUGAGCAGAGACUUAAAAGACUUGGAUGCCUUACAGUAUACAUGUUUGUAGGGACAGAUACUGCUCUGACCAAGAGGCGGCACAUACAGUAUACACCUUAUCCCCAUCACAUGAAGAAUGUCAGUGGACCUCCCUGUGCACAAUCCUUUCCUUCCUAUCAUCAAGCUUUUCAUCUGAAAUUCUCUGUUUUGCGUCACUGUUGUGUAUUUUCAAAUGGUACAGAGUUUGAGAAAGACCCAAAUCUGUACUCACAAAAAUUGGAAAAUACUGUCUUUCUUAAAUGUUACGGAAUUUCAGAAAAACAUAGCUGGAUUAAAUGUGCGCUGGACGCAACACCCAGCUCUUUUUUUAAAACAUUUUCAUACAAAAUUAAGCUUGCUCUUUAAUCAAACUCACAUACAGAUAUGUAAUGGUGUGAUAAUGAAUAUCACGGAGCAGUCACUGCCAGUUAAGUGCCUUUCCUGUAGGAACACCACUAUACAAGGGCAUCGGAAGUGGAAGCAAUGAGGAUGCAUUCUUAGUUGUACUUUGGCUGAACCUCCAGAUCAGGGCCAGAUCAUCUGCCGCAGCUGAUAUUUGUGUUCGGACAUAGAAAGCAACCUUGUUCGACUGCUGCAUUAACAUUCAUAACUUUGGCUGUGCUGUGAUCACGCAGACAGACAGCAGACAUGAGUUCCCUACUUAAAAUGGAAUCAUUGUGCAGAGCCGGAAACACUAAAGUAUUCCUCAGAUCAACUUUCAGAGGGUGAACUUGUUUUGAGAAUUGGGGAGUUUAGAAACUCCCCUGUGUCAAGUGUACUCAAUAUUACAGAACAGUAUUUAACUUUCAAACUAAAUGUCAAUUUUAAGGUUGAUUCUGUGAUGAUGUUUCAUUUAUAAACACCAGCUCUGUUAAUUGAUGACCAUGUGAAUCAUAUGUAGGUUGAAGUUCAACCAAUUAAUUGCUUUAAAAAAAAAUGCAUGAAACACUUUCACGCAGUGCAGUUGGUGAGAAUCCCAUGCAAUGCUGCCCAUGUUUUUUUGUCUAAAUCCAAAUGCAAAUCCACUUCCCUACACUUUAUUACACUCAGACCAGCAUACAUUGCACUUACAGCAACUGCUUCCUCAGCAGUGACCCAGUCUGUGACCCCCCCCCCCCCCCCCCCCCAUAAUUCUUCCUCUCAUACGUCUUUUACCUCAAUCUUGCGGUCUAGUGCUGCCGCCAGCCCUAAUUAUUUGGCGUGUGGCUCCCCGGGCCCCUAAUAGGCUGAAGUGUUGUGGUUUACAGAGCGGGUGCAAAGUGCCUGUGAUUUCCAGCACCCAAUUAAGCAUUUAGGGCCACUUAACCACUGAAAGCCCAGUGGAAAAGCUGUAAAAAACACUGCAUUAAAAAGAGGGAUGCCAGAAGACAGGCAUGACUAACCGCCCCCGGGGUUGCUGCACUGUGAAUGGUGCAAGAAUGCAGCCGGUCGUGCUGGAAGCAGCGACACGGUUGUCUCAUAACGUCUGACCUUACUCAGCUUUUGUGGUCGGCUCAGUCAUGCUCAGACAGGAUUUAAGUUCCCCUCUCCCCUGUGGGACCGAUGUGGCAAAUGAGAACAAUAUGCAGUUGUUCGGGUCGUACACCUUGAGGAAGCAGAGGAAAGUGGUCAAGAUUGAACGCGCAGAGACUGAGGGUGGCAUAGAUGAGCAUCAACAUUAGUUUAAGAGCGUUAAUUCUAAUCUAAGUUGAAUUAAUAGUGAUGUUUACAAGUAAGAUGCUAUCAUCCUACUUUCUCUGGAAGCUAACCAUCAAAACUCAGCAGUAAAUUCCAAAGUCCAACCAGCAAUGCCAAUAGUUGCUUUCAUCUAACUUCUCUGGAAUAGGGCUGAUCUUUAUCUGAAGAAUGAUGUCCUCUGCAUAAUGUCCCAUGACAGCUCUGCGCUAAACCAAACAAAUAAAUGCCAUGUUCUUUUUCUAAUGCUUUUUUUUUUCAUAUUUUGAAUUGCAAACACUGGGGCUGGACUCUGGUUCUUUAAAUUAAUUAAUAUGCAUGAGUAUCAAGCAUUUCAUUACCAUUAAUAUCUCCUGUCAAGUCAAAUAAAACGUUGGUUAAAUACUCUGUCUUUUUUAGAGCAGGGUUUUCCUUAUCAAAUCUAAUUCAAAACAGGUUCAAGCUGUUAUUUUCCUGACGUUUUAUACUUGUAAAUAAUCUAGAUGGAUUGAAUUGAAAUGGAAUGGACUCAAAAUCUCAUCUGGCACACAUUAUGCUAUGCUGACAGAAGCCAAAAAUGGAUCUCUUACCUCAGUGGCACAUAACACAGUACAGUAAAGUAUGUGUAUAAACACACGCAAACUCAUCACAGAACCAAAAUAUAACUGUAUAUAUAACUUAUUAUUGUACAUAAUGUAUACAUUAAUAAAGA